AUGGAGGCGGCCGGCACCUGGGCGCUGCUGCUGCUGCUGCUGCUCCUGCUGCUGCCGCUGGCGCUGUCCGCGACCCGCACCCGAGGCCGCCUGCCCCCCGGGCCCGCGCCGCUGCCGCUGCUGGGCAACCUCCUGCAGCUCCGGCCGGGGGCGCUGUACUCGGGGCUCCUGCGGCUGAGUAAGAAGUAUGGACCGGUGUUCACCGUGCACCUGGGACCCUGGCGGCGCGUAGUAGUCCUGGUUGGGCACGAGGCUGUGCAGGAGGCCCUGGGAGGCCAGGCUGAGGAGUUCAGUGGGCGGGGAAUAUUGGCAACACUGGACCCCACCUUCGACGGCCAUGGGCUUUUCUUCUCCAACGGGGAGCGCUGGAGGCAGCUGAGGAGAUUUACCCUGCUCACUCUGCGGGACCUGGGCAUGGGGAAGCGAGAAGGCGAGGAGCUGAUCCAGGCCGAGGCCCAGUGUCUGGUGGAGGCCUUCCAGGGAACAGCAGGACAGCCAUUUGACCCCUCCCUGCUGCUGGCUCAGGCCACCUCCAACGUUGUCUGCUCCCUCACUGUGGGCCUCCGUUUCCCCUACGAGGAUAAGGAUUUCCAGGCUGUGGUCCAGGCUGCCGGUGGCAUCCUGCUCGGGAUCAGCUCCCCUUGGGGCCAGGCCUAUGAGAUGUUCUCCUGGCUCCUGCAGCGCCUCCCAGGCUCCCAAGCCCAACUCCUCAGCCACGUGGACAUCGUGGCCACCUUCGCCAUGGAGCAGGUGAAGCGGCACCGGGGGAGCCUGGACCCCGCGGGCCCUCCACGCGACGUUGUGGAUGCCUUCCUGCUGAAGAUGGCAAAGGAGGAAUGCGAUUCAAACACAGAAUUCACCGACAAGAACAUGCUGAUGACCGUCAUUUAUCUGCUGUUCGCGGGGACGGUGACCAUCAGCUCCACGGUCCGCUACAUCCUCCUGCUCCUGCUGAAAUACCCUCAGGUCCAAGAGCGCGUGCACGAGGAACUGACAAGGGAGCUGGGUGCUGGCCGGGCGCCAGGCCUGGGGGACCGAGCUCGCCUCCCGUACACGGACGCGGUUCUGCAUGAGGCACAGCGGCUGCUGGCACUGGUGCCCAUGGGGAUACCCCGAGCCCUCACGAAGACCACCUGCUUCCGAGGGUACACCUUGCCCCAGGGCACUGAGGUCUUCCCCCUCCUGGGCUCUGUCCUGCAUGACCCGGAAGUCUUCACACAGCCAGAGGAGUUCAACCCAGGCCGAUUUCUGGAUGCAGAUGGAAGGUUCAAGAGGCAGGAGGCAUUCCUGCCCUUCUCCUUAGGGAAGCGCAUCUGCCCUGGGGAGGGCCUGGUACGAGCGGAGCUGUUCCUUCUCGUCACUGCCAUCCUGCAGGCCUUCUCCCUGGAGAGCCCGUACCCAGUGGGUGCCUUGAGUCUCCAGCCAGCUGUCAGUGGCCUUUUCAACAUCCCUCCAGCCUUCCAGCUGCAAGUUCGGCCCCGCUGA